CUCCAUCCUUUUCAAAAUUUUCCGACCGUUGGGAAUUUUAACGUUCACCGUCUCUGGUCCUCCUUCCAAAUAUCAGCACCCGAGAAAGAAAACCGAGAAAGCGCCUCGAUUCCUCUCCCUCACUCUUCACCAAAACCGUUGCUAAAUUUCCGCGCAUUAACCCUAAAGCCCCUUCUUGUUCCCCUGGGAUAUAGGAGAAACAAGGAAAUAUCCCAUGGCAAACUAUAUGAAGGAAGGAGCAGGAGGCGGGGCGGGUGUCCUCCAGAUAGACGAGGCCUAUGAGUUCUGUGCGCCCCGGUUCUUUGAUUUCAUAAACGAGGAGACCGACGAGGAGAUCCGAAAGGCCGAACGAUGGUUUGAGACCUCGCUCAGCUACGCCCCAUCUCCCUUCAUGCCAAAAAUCAAAGAGGGCAGAUCCAUUAAAAUCGAGACGCUCUGCGACUUUGGAAAUGUUGAUCAAGUCCAGAAGGAACAAGAACCAGCAGAAGUUAGUAAUCAAAGAGAAGAUCCAAUGUUACCAGCAGCUAACACAAUCAGACAUGAACAGGAGCUAGAUAUUGCUACAGAAGUUAAAUCAAGGCAACAACAUGAAGAAAAGAAUGGGAAGAAGAAUUCCUUUGGGUUUCUUUCUGAGGUUGAGCCUUGCGAAGAUAGCAGUCUUCCUCAACAAGAGAAAAGUCCACCUAUUGGUGAUGAUAGUACCGCCUCCUUAGCUCCUGCGGGAAAUUUGAGCAGGGAAGAAAUCCAUUCUUUUGAGUUCCCUGUUCCUCCUUCAUCAAAUGGGGCAAGAGUCAGAGCUAUUGAAGAUUCAACGCCAAAAGCACAAGAGGUUCCCAUGAAAAUAACAGCACCAACUAGUGUAAAGAGCCAACUAACUAUAAAAGCAUGCACUCCCAAAGUACAGAGGGUUUCUGUGAAGGGAGGAGCACCCACCAGUACAAAGAAUUUGACAGAUGACAAAAUAGCAAGUCUGGUUAAAAAGCCAUCUGCUGGAAAGCCUAAAACCAAGUCGCCUUCAGUCCAAUCUUCAAAAUGCACCAAACCAAAGAGUGUGACUAAGUGUCCUGGUAGUGUUAACAUGAAGAAUGCCAUGUCUAUUGAUAUUGCUCAAGAAAAUCAAGCCAUAAAGAGGCAAAAGCUGGAUUAUGGAAGAUGUAGACAGAUACUCAAUGUCAAAACCAGAGUGUUGCCCCACAAAUCGAGACCAGGUUUAACUGGUGGAACUGACAUAUUUUCAUCUGGUGCUAGAGGUUGUCAUGAUGACUCAUCACUGCGGAAGGAAGUAACACCAUUCAUAUCUACAGCAGAGUUGGUUAAAAAGUUCCAGUCAAGGACAAGAGACUUAGAUCUCUCUAAGAAUGGAUCACUUUCACAUGAUGAUGCAGCUUCAAUGACACGAAGGAGACUUAGACUUACCUUGACAAGGCCAAAGGAGCCAACAUUUGAAACAGCUCACCGAGUUCGUGCAGUGAGGGUGAAAAGCUCUGCAGAGCUAGAGGAAGACAUGCUGGCAAAGAUUCCUAAGUUCAAAGCUCGACCUGUAAACAAGAAGAUUCUAGAAUCACCUUCACUCCCUGCAUUGCCCAGAACUGUUCCACAACCACCUGAGUUUCAGGAGUUCCAUUUGAAGACAAUGGAGAGGGCAAAUCAACAUGCUGAAACAUCGUCGACAAUCUCCUCAACAGAUGCUUCCUCCCAGAAUCAGAGCAAACCCUUGAAACUUACCGAACCGAGGCCACCCCUUCUUGAAACAUCACUACGAGCACGACCUCCAAAAGUCAAAAGUUCUCAGGAACUGGAACUAGAGGAACUUCAAAAGAUUCCAAAGUUCAAGGCCCGGCCACUUAAUAAAAAGAUACUUGAGAGCAAAGGAGAUAUUGGUUUGUUUUCUAAUCCAAAGCCCCAACUAACAACCCCUCAAGAAUUCCAUUUUGCAACAAAUGAUAGGUUGGGUCCUCCAGCAGCUGUGAUGGAGCUCUUUGACAAGCUCUCACUGCACUCCGAACCUUCUCCACAUGAUAAACAAGUUCCCAGAAUCACAGCACCAUAUCCUUUUCAUCUAAAAACAGAGGAGCGAGGUUCUGAAAAAGAGAGGCAGUUUGCACUGCAGAUUUUACAGAGACAGUUGGAGGAGGAGACGGCUAGAAUUCCAAAGGCUAGCCCAUACCCGUACACUACAGAUUAUCCAGUGAUACCUUCAAAACCAGAGCCUAAGCAGUGUACAAAGCCCGAGGCUUUUCAGUUGGAGAGUUUAGUAAGGCAUGAAGUGGAGAUGCAGAGGAAGUUGGAAGAGAAGGAAUUUAUGGAAAGAGAAGAGGCACAAAGGCGAAUAUUUAAAGCACAGCCUAUCAUGAUAGAUGACCCUGUUCCACUACCAGAAAGAGAGAGGAAGCCUCUUACUGAAGUCCAGGAUUUUGUACUCCAUGCAGAUCAUAGGGCUGUGCAGAGAUCAGAGUUUGAUAAAAUGAUAAAAGAGAAAGAAAUCGUGUAUAAGAGAAUGAGGGAGGAGUAUGAAACUGCAAAAAUGAUUGAAGAAGAGAAAGCAGUGAAGCAGAUGAGGAGGACAAUGGUGCCCCAUGCAAGGCCACUUCCAAAGUUUGACAAUCCAUUCCUCCCACAAAAGUCAACAAAGGAAACAACAAAGCCAAAGUCACCGGAGUUGCGCGUGAAUCAACGAGGAGACAGGCGGCAUGCCUUUCAUAUGAGAUGAUUGCUUGUGUAAUAUCGUUCAAGACUGCUUGAACUACUCUAAUUUGUUGUGCACAAUUUGUAAAAUAGAAAGAAAGGAUAAAUUUGGCACGUUGAUUUUA